UGUUAAGCACAUUAAUAUCAAUACGUGUACGUGACAGCAUGAUAACAAUAUUCAUGACAAAUGAGUUUCCGAGCGGGUGACCUUUGAUAAUUUAGUAUAUAAAUUACCUUAUAGUGAUCUUCUAAACCCUCAUUUAUCAGACAGACAGCCAAGGUUGAAGAUCUACACGUUCCAGCGACUUACCAAAAUAGAAAUCAUAAUGUGCGACGAAGACAUUGCUGCCCUUGUUAUUGACAAUGGUUCCGGAAUGUGCAAAGCUGGCUUUUCCGGAGAUGACGCUCCUCGUGCCGUGUUUCCUUCCAUCGUUGGUCGUCCACGCCACCAGGGCGUGAUGGUUGGUAUGGGACAGAAGGACAGCUAUGUCGGUGAUGAGGCCCAAAGUAAAAGAGGUAUCCUAACCCUGAAGUACCCCAUAGAACAUGGUAUCGUCACUAAUUGGGAUGAUAUGGAGAAGAUCUGGCACCAUACCUUCUACAACGAACUUCGUGUGGCCCCUGAAGAGCACCCUGUUCUUCUAACUGAAGCACCCCUUAACCCUAAACUGAACAGAGAAAAAAUGACCCAGAUUAUGUUCGAAACAUUCAACACUCCUGCCAUGUACGUAUCCAUCCAGGCUGUGUUAGCCCUCUACGCUUCUGGCAGAACUACGGGUAUCGUUAUGGAUUCUGGUGACGGGGUUACGCACUGUGUUCCAAUUUACGAAGGAUAUGCUCUCCCCCACGCUAUUCUUCGAUUGGAUCUAGCUGGUCGGGACCUCACUGAUUAUCUGAUGAAAAUCUUGACCGAGCGUGGAUAUACAUUUACGACAACAGCUGAGCGAGAAAUUGUUCGUGACAUCAAAGAGAAACUUUGUUACGUCGCUCUAGACAUUGAUCAAGAGAUGAACACAGCUGCCUCCUCAUCUUCUUUGGAGAAAUCUUACGAGUUGCCUGACGGUCAGGUGAUCACCAUUGGUAACGAGAGGUUCCGCUGCCCUGAGGCUCUCUUCCAGCCUUCUUUCUUGGGUAUGGAGUCUUGUGGUAUCCACGAAACCACCUACAAUUCCAUUAUGAAGUGCGAUGUUGAUAUCCGAAAAGACUUAUAUUCCAACGUUGUUCUGUCUGGUGGUUCCACAAUGUAUCCUGGCAUUGCUGAUAGGAUGCAAAAAGAAAUCAUCUCUCUAGCACCCAAUACCAUGAAGAUCAAGAUCAUCGCUCCUCCUGAGAGGAAGUACUCUGUCUGGAUCGGCGGGUCCAUCUUGGCUUCUCUGUCUACUUUCCAGCAAAUGUGGAUCUCCAAACAAGAGUACGACGAGUCUGGUCCCAGCAUUGUUCAUCGCAAAUGCUUUUAAACUAAUUCGAAAAGCUAUAUUAUCGAGCAUUGUACAGUAAUAAAUUAAAUUAAUAUUUAUUCAUCCUAAUAAAAACAACAAUGAAUUUAAUGUUUUGUAUUUUAGAAAUCAAAAAGCGUUCUUAUUUUCGGAACUUAAGACUUAAAAAGAAAAUAUUUUUAACAUCCUAUAUAAUGAAUACUACACGUAAAUUAAAAACGGUUGUAUUUUCAGUAUAUAAUAUUUAAGAAUUUUGUUUAUACCAUAUUGUGAUAAAUUGUAAUAAAAUGCAAACACUAUAAAAAUUGUGAGCAU